AAAAAUAGCGGGAAAUAUUAUGAAUUAAUAAAAAGGUUAAAUCCCGAAUUAUUUUUGUGUAUUAUAAUUAAUUACUGAGUCAAAAUGAGUGAUUAUCCAGAUGCUGAUGAGGAAUUCGAGUUAAUGUAUGGAGACGAACUUGAACUUUUAAGAGAUCAAGAUGAAGGUGAAAUUUACGAACCAGCUACAAAAAAAUCUAAUCCUAAUAGCGAAUUAACUAAUAAAAGUGGACAAAAAUCACAAAAUAGCGUUAAUAAUUCAUUAUCGUUGUUUUCUACACAAAAUGAAUCUCAAAACGUUGAAGAUUUUAGUUUAGAACCUUCUCAAUAUUGUGCAUCUUCGUCUACGACUUCUGCUCAGUUAGAAAAUCACAUACAAGAUUCGUCUAAAAAACGUACAGCCGAUGAUUUAUUUGGAGACAUUGGUGAUAUUGAUUUUGGGGACGAAAUAGAUAUUCAACCGAAUAAAAAAAUAAAGUCGGACAAAGAUGAAGAACUGCUUCAGUUAAUGGAACACAUUAUUUUGUUAAGGAAACUGAAUAAAGAGAAAAAAAAUUCACUUUCUAUAAAUAAAACGUCUUCAAUUGAUUAUGAUAGAGACAAGCAUAAUAUCAGCCAUAGGGUACCGAAAUAUCCAUUUGUAGGUAUUACAUGCCAUGAUGGGGAAAAAAUAUACGUUAGAUUCCAUUCGGAAGAAUACGAAAAAGAAGAAAUAAAAAAAAUUGCUGCCGAUUCUUUGGAAAAGGAUAUUUUAGGAGAGAGUUCGAAAAAAAUUUGGGAAGAAGCUCAAAUUUUGCUAUCUAAGCACUUAACUGCGCAAUAUGAAGAAACUGAUGUUGAAUUGGUAGAAGAAUGUAAUUCAAAUAAAGAAUUAUGGACAGAUUUAUACCGUCCGAGGAAAUACGUCGAACUUUUAAGUGACGAAAGUACAAAUAGGAUCAUGUUGAAAUGGUUGAAACUUUGGGAUAAAGCUGUUUUUAAUAGAAGACCUAAAAAUAGGCAGUUACAACAUAGUACUGAUCAAAAUAAAUCGAAAUUUACCAGAAAUUAUGAACUUGAUACUAAUUUGGAUGAAUACGGAAGACCCCAAUAUAAAGUGGCGUUAUUGUGUGGACCACCUGGAUUAGGUAAAACAACGUUAGCUCAUGUGGCGGCUAAACACGCAGGCUAUAAUGUCGUGGAAGUUAACGCUUCAGACGAUAGAAGCACCGAAGCUUUCAAAAUCCAUUUAGAAAAUUCGACGCAGAUGAAAUCGGUGGUAGAUCAAAAGUGUAGACCGAAUUGUCUCGUAUUCGACGAAAUAGACGGAGCGCCGCAAUCCUCUAUAGACUUUUUGAUCAAAUACAUAACCGGUACUAACAAAUCAAAAAAAGGGAAAAAUUUCGUUUUGAAAAGACCGAUUAUUUGUAUUUGUAACGACGUAUACGUUCCAGCAUUGAAACCUCUACGACAAAUUGCUUUCGUUAUACAUUUUCCGCCUACUUGUAGUACACGUUUAGCGGAAAGAUUGAUGUCUAUAUGUCGUAGAGAACAGAUAAAAACCGAUUUGGGUACCAUGAUGGCUUUGGCGGAAAAAAGCAACAACGAUAUCAGAUCCUGUUUAUCGGUUUUGCAUUUUUUCAAAUCGCAAAAUAAAUUAGUGACUUUAUCCGAUGUUUACAAGUUCAAUAUAGGACAAAAGGACAUGCAGAAAGGUUUGUUCACUGUAUGGCAGGAAAUAUUUAAUAUGGUACGUCCCAAAAUUAAUCCUUUGGUACAUCAAACCGAUACGGUCCACAAGCAAACUAUGCGAGAUAGAAUGUCGAAAAUUUUGCAAACGGUUUCUUCUUUCGGAGAUUACGAGAGGGUGGCGCAGGGUGUUUACGAAAAUAUGAUGGUUUUACAAUUGAAAGAUUCUUCUUUGCAAGGGAUCAGUCAAGCUUUGGAUUGGUUCGUUUUUAGUGACAUUUUGAAUAAGCAGAUUUAUUCUUUACAAAAUUAUACAUUGGGAUCGUAUUUACCUUACGCUUUCGUCGUUUGGCAUUUCUUAUUCGCCACGUGGAAAUCACAGAAGUUGAAUUAUCCCAACAUGGGUUACGAGAUGAGACAGAAAGAGACCCGAAGAAGAGCGAUAGUUACCGAAGUUCUUCGUGGUAUGCUACCUUCAGUAAGAGCUUACUGUCAUCGUUUAUCGGUGCUACUUGAUAUCUUGCCUUUACUUACUAUCAUAAUCGUACCUAACUUCAGACCAGUAAAUCUACAUCUCUAUACUAAAGAAGAAAAAGAUAAUAUGUUGAGAGUGGUAAAAAUUAUGAUAGAUUAUAAUUUGAAUUAUAUACAAGAGAGAUUACCUGAUGGAAACUACGUUUUUAAUUUAGAGCCUAACAUAGACGAAGUGGUUUUUUUGGAAAAAGAUUUGUCGUCUAAGAAAAAAGUUGUGACUUAUUCUAAUAAGCAAUUAAUUGCUAGAGAGAUAGAGUUAGAGAAAAUGAGAAGGUUCGAACAACCGAAAACGAAUUUGGUAAAAAAAGUGAAUGAAUCUCGAAAAGAUGACGUCGUCGAUCAGGUACCUAAUCAUUUACAAUCUUUAAAAGCGAAAUCUAUGAAGAUUGCAAAGGAGGUUGUCGCCAAAGAUUUCUUCGGGAGAAUUAUUGUAAAGUCUACAAACACUAAAGGUAAAACAGGUCCGGAGUUGAACAACGAUAUUUGGUAUCAGUAUAAAGAAGGUUAUAAUAACGCCGUUCGUAAACGAAUAAAAAUGUCAGAUAUAUUAUAACCAAUACGAAAAUAUGAUUGAAAUUUAUUAUAUUAUUUUAUUAUUAUCAUUAUUAAUUAUAUAGCUAGUGAUAAUAAAUAUUUACAAA